GAUUUCCGCAAAUUUCAUCCUCGGGACGAAAUGACCUUGACUACGGACAACAUUCCCACGGUACCUGCUAACAAUCCAAUCGCUAAUUCAUUUAGCUCGUUUGAUGACAUCUCUAGAAAAGUUCUGAGAGCCAAUUAUCCUGCUACAAAUCGAAAAUCAUUAACCUCUAAUGGUGGAGGUUCCGCUAGCAGUAGCGAUUCUGGCAGUCCUAACAUCGAACAAAUUUUGCAAGUUUUAAUUUCAACAAAUUUAAAUCCGAGCAAUACUUUUGAACAUGAUUUAUUGGAAUUGUUGGUUUCUGGAUGCAAUACUAUUAAUACAGCUGACGAACAUCUUCAUCAGAGAAUAUUUCAAACUCUUCUUCCUGUUGCAAGAUUUGAUUAUCCAAACCUUGAAAUUCGCCGCAUGGCGAUUAACGGUUUAGGAAAUUUAUGUUUUCGUAGUGGUGCCAAGUUACAAGAAGAAUACAGAAAUAUUUAUGAAGUACUUUUGGCGAAUCUUAUGACAAUAGAACCUAAUUUGGAUGAUGCUGCUUUUCUCAAAGUUAUUAGUAGCACAUUACGAGCAUUACAAUUUAUCAUGAAUGAAGAUAAGACCAUUGUAACGGAAACAUUUGGCGAAACAAUUGAAGCUAUAAAGAGAUAUAUUUUCUUUAAUGCAGAAGAAUUAAAAAAGUUUUCUUUAAAUACGGCUCCAUCUUUAUUCACAUUGAUUCAAUAUGAAGCUAUGCCUGCAAUUCGUAUAUCUUCCUGCUCUGUCAUAACAACAAUGAUCGAUGGGUCUAAACAAUAUUUGGCGGCUGCUGACGAUAGAGAGAUAAAAUCAUCAUUCACUUCGCUUUCCGCAAAAUUAGGUGCGAUUGUAAGAGAACUUCACACUGGAUUAUUACAGAUACUUUCUAAGGAGAAUCAUGGCACUAUUUUGAUUCAAUUAUUGAAGGAGGUUGAAAAUCUUUUACAAACCGCUAUCAUAAAUGAGACGUUAGCAAAUGGAACAGGUGCAAUCAAUAUUUUGACGUUUCUUAUAAAACUUAUUAGUAAUAGUAGUCAACCUGCAUCUAUAAGAAUUGAAGCAUGGGGCGUUUUAUGUGCUU